AUGGUGCUGUUUGGUGACACUGCUGGCUCUGCCACCCGGCUGCUCCGGAGGGGGCUGUGGGCACUGAUGCUGGUCUUGUCUGUAGCCAUCUACGGCUCCCACGCUCCCCUCCUCACCCUCUGCAAGGUUGACGGGGCGAUCCCCUUCAGUUCCACGUCCGUCGUGAUCCUUGUUGAGCUGACAAAACUGCUGCUUUCCCUGCUGUCCCUGCUGACCUGGAACCCAGAGCUGCAGAGAGCCACCGUGUCCUGGCGCCACGUUGUCCCUUUUGCCCUGUCAGCCCUGCUCUACGCUGCCAACAACAACCUGGUGGUCCACAUGCAGCUUUUCAUGGAUCCCAGCACUUUCCAGGUCCUGAGUAACUUAAAGAUAGUCAGCACCGCGCUCCUCUACAGCUUCUUCCUGCACCAGAGACUCCGCACAUGCCAGUGGCUGGCGCUCUUCCUGCUGGUGGCUGCCGGAGUGAGCUACAGCUGGGGUGGCCUGUGGGAGCCCGGCAGCCCCUCCGGAAUGCAGCUGCACAUCACUCUACCGGGCUUGUUCCUGAUCUCGGUGUACUGCCUGAUCUCAGGGUUGUCCGCUGUCUACACAGAAGCCAUCCUGAAAACCCAGCCUCUGCCUCUCAGCCUUCAGAACCUCUUCCUUUAUUUCUUUGGAGUCCUGCUCAACCUGAUCGGCUCCUUAUGGAGCAGCACAGAGGCUGGGUUCCUGGAGGGUUUUUCCUUCUGGGUGCUAGUGGUUGUGGUCAGCCAGGCUGUCAACGGUUUGAUCACAUCAGUGGUGAUGAAGCACAGCACUAACAUCACCAGGCUCUUCAUCAUCUCCUGCUCAAUCCUGGUCAACGCCCUCCUCUCUGUCACCCUCUUCAGUCUCCAGCUCACCUCCCUCUUCUUCCUCGCCGUCUUGUGCAUCGGCCUCGCUGUUCACUUGUACUACGGGGCGAUGUAGCCGCACUCUGCAUGUGCCAGGGUGUCUGUCUGUCAUUCUUCAGGGAUUGUUCAGUGCUCGUGCUGGCAAUGGAAGCACAGUGGCAGGGAAUUGUGACUUCUGGGUGUGUGCAAAACUGGCAAGGUACUCCUGGAGGACGAGAGUGCUCUCUCCUUGUUCCCAGUGGGGGCGCUGGGCCCCGCUCCAUGGGACGGCCCCAACCUCGAGGAUUGAUCCUGAUGUGCUAUUUCGCCUUCUCAAGCAGCUUUUCCCACACCAAAGAGCAUGCCCGGUUCCUUUGCCUGUCCCCAUUCCCGCAGCAGCCAGAUCGGCUCCACAUGCCGGCAGCCCCGCUCCCGGUCACUGCCUGGCUUCCUGUGCUCCGACACUGUUUCAGCUGUGGGUGAAGCUUCCCUGUGCCAGCAGGGCUAAAUCUGAUGUCCCCAGCUGCUCCCAGCCCUCGGCUUCAGGGGACAUUCGCCACUGUGGGAGGCAGCCCCACUCACUGCCUGCCCCAAGCCCCUGGGGAGGUGGGAAGAGUGUUUCUCCUUCUGGGUCUGUAGUGCUGCUGCCCGGAGAACCUCGUGCCGCAGCCAGAGGAAUUUCUCCUAUCUCUCCCUCUGGUUUUCCAGCCCUCGCCCCAGCCUCUGGCUGAAGGGCUCCUGUCCUUAGGCCCAGUUUCCCCUUCUCUGGCAUGGUGUGGUUCCAUGCGGAGCAGAUGGGGAGUGGAGAGAUGUGGGAUCUGUUUUGCCUGCUGCCCAAAAGGGGCCAAGCACCUGGAUUUGUCCUAGUGCUGCGGCUGGUGAGUACCUGGCAGGUGGAAGCCGCUGCAGGCUCGCACCAGGGUUAUUAAAGCUGCGGUUCCACAGCAC